CUGCGGGACUUUUAAUUGACAAAGGCUGAUGAAAUUGAGCACAUGAGCACGUGUCCCACUUCAUCUAUAGUUUGUAUUUACGACAACUAUGAGAAUAGGAUAUUAUUCGAUAAGUUUUUUUUCAUUACGAAAGAUCCAUUAAAGAAAAACCCUAAAAGUUCAUACUAAAGAACGUUUCAUUGCUGAUUGGAGAACGUGAAACUUUCAUAGAUUAGACCAGUUUCAACUUAAACGGCAAGUUUUUCAUAAUGUCUGACAUCUUCACAAAUAUUAGGCGUUUUUCGAAUUCCUCCGACCACUUCAUCGCUAUUGAGAUGAAUAUUGAAGAGAGUGAUAUUGAUGAUCUUCCUCUUUUUUCUGACGAUUUCUAUCUAACAGAUGCAGAAAAAUGUUUUUUACGAUUAGAUGUGGAAGAAUCGCGUCCAUAUUUAAAGUUGGAAUUAUCGGAUCAGGAACUAUUUGAAUUUAUUCGAGGCUUCUCUGUUUUUAUAAUUGAUGAUGAGGAACAUACUAUUCAUAGUGGUAAACUGUUAAAGAAUAAAAUUUCUCCGACAUUUGACUUUCUUCAAGAUUUUGUUGAACACUACACUGAUAUAAAAUAUCCGAUACUACUUUUUAUUUAUAUAGAAACCCAAAACGUUGAUUUUAAGAAUGUAAAAAAUGCCCAGUGUACCGAAGUAGUGAAAUCGGAAACCAGUACUUACGACAACGAGCAAAUAGAUUGCUUACUUGAACUUUCUUCAAACUUCAAGAAGAUCCAGGAACAGAACAUUGGUACAGAUGUCAUAUUGAAAGUCGGUGGUGAGAAAAUUGAAAUUCACAAGACCAUACUGCAAGCAAGAUCGCCACGGUUGUAUAAAAUGUUCGAGGAGAGUUCAAACAAAUGUGUCGAGAUUAAGGAUGUACGUAUUUCGAUAGUUAAGGAAUUUAUUGCCUUUCUGUAUACGGGUACAAAGAAAAGUUAUGAUUUUAAA